CCAAUCAAGGCAUGCAGCGAAAGUCUCCUGCAUAGGACUUAGUUUCCCGCCGUUUAGCCUACUCACUAUAAAGCGUUCCCCUGCCAGUUACUUGACAAGUCUCCAAAAUCAAAUGCUCAUUUUUCGAGACUAAGGCACUCUCCUCUAAACUAUACUCUUCCAUCUAUCAGUCGAUCAAUCUCUUCUAUUUAACUAGUCCCAAAACCAGAAAAAAAAUCGAUUAUCGAAACCUAAAAGCCUUCAAUUACUUCCCUUUUUCGUUUUGAAUCCAAAUGGAGCUCCGUCCUCGUAAAAGAAUCUCCAAACCCUCCAUCGAUGACGCUGAGCAAGGGGAACAUGAUUUCUUUAGAGAAGCUGACGGUGGUAGCCCAUCACAUGGCUGUGGCUCUGAUGUGGAAUUAUACGUCCUGUCUUCACAUUCUGAUGAUAGCAACUCCGAUGAUGAAUGUGAAAUGGUUGAAGAGGUUUCGGGCAAAAAGCAAAAAGCAAAUACUAAAAUCAGCAUUGACAUUGAUGAUCAGGAAGAUAAUUUUCUAGUUUCUAUGAGUACUAGGGAUCUUGACAUUUCUGAUUAUCCAGAGCCUUCUGCUGAAAUAAGUAUCGGGUCUAAUAGUGAACAGCUGCCAAGAGCAGCUCAAGUUAAAUAUGUUGCAGAGAAAGGGAAGAGAGCUUAUAGGUCAAGAAGGAAGCGGGAUAAAAAUAGGUCUGAGCCACCAUUGAUGUGGGAAAUUUGGGAAGAAGAGUAUGAUAAAUGGAUUGAUGAACACUUGACGGAUUAUGUUGAUUUGGACCAUCAACAUGGUAUUGUGAAUGAAGCGGUUGAACCACCACAGGAUUUGAUUAUGCCUUUGUUAAGAUACCAAAAGGAAUGGUUGGCCUGGUCUCUAAAGCAGGAAGAGUCAGAGACCAAGGGGGGAAUUCUUGCUGAUGAGAUGGGAAUGGGUAAGACCAUUCAAGCGAUUUCCUUGGUCCUUGCCAAACGAGAAAUUUUGCAGAAAAACCAGGAAUCCUUUGGAGCCACAACGUUACCAGGUUCAUCCAUUGAUAUUGCUGGAACCAAACCCACCCUUGUAGUCUGUCCUGUGGUAGCAGUGAGUCAGUGGGUAAGUGAGAUUGAUCGAUUUACUGCAAAAGGAAGCACCAAGGUACUGGUUUAUCAUGGAGCCAAUAGAGAGAAGAGUUCUAAAAAGUUCUCUGAUUAUGAUUUUGUUAUAACAACCUAUAGUACUGUUGAGGCUGAAUUCAGAAAAUACAUGAUGCCGCCUAAGGAGAAGUGUCCUUACUGUGGGAAGUCAUUCCAUGAAAACAAACUCUUCAUUCACCAGAAGUAUUAUUGUGGCCCUGAUGCCAUUAGAACUGCAAAGCAGUCUAAGCAAGAUAGGAAGAAGCUCAAAAAUGGAUCACUAGCUUCUAUGCAGAAAAAAGAAUCUGGUGAAGUCAAAAGUCAUGAAUUUCAGGAUAAUGUAAUGAAGGGAGCUCGAAAGAAGAAAAGGAAACAGCAUGGUGUGGAAGAUGAUAUUGAGGCUAUGGAGAAUUUGGAUGUUGAACAGGCCUUGCGCAAAGAGAAGUCACUUCUGCACUCAGUGAAGUGGGAUCGCAUUAUUUUGGAUGAGGCUCAUUAUGUGAAAGAUAGGCGUUGUAAUACUGCAAAAGCUAUUUUUGCUUUAGAAUCUUCAUAUAAAUGGGCUUUAAGUGGCACUCCCCUUCAAAAUCGUGUUGGAGAACUUUAUUCUUUGGUACGAUUCUUGCAAAUAGUCCCAUACUCUUAUUACUUGUGCAAGGAUUGUGAUUGCCGAACCCUUGAUUAUAGGUCAUCAGCACAAUGCUUAAGCUGCCCCCACAGUUCUGUGAGACAUUUUUGUUGGUGGAAUAAAUACAUUUCUAAUCCAAUACAAGCAAAUGGAACUAUUGACAUUGGAAAAAGAGCUAUGGUAUUGCUCACACAAAAAGUUUUGAGAAACAUAGUGCUUAGACGCACCAAAAAGGGUAGAGCUGCUGACCUUGCUCUUCCUCCUAGGAUGGUUAUGUUGAGGCGUGAUACUCUGGAUGUUAAGGAAGAAGAUUAUUAUCAGUCAUUAUAUAAUGAAAGCCAGGCACAAUUUAAUACAUAUGUCACGGCUGGAACUGUAAUGAAUAACUAUGCACACAUAUUUGACCUCCUCACUCGUUUGCGGCAGGCAGUUGAUCAUCCCUACCUUGUAGUAUAUUCUAAAACUGCAGCACAAAAAGAAGGAAACUUGGUUUAUGCUCAUAAUAGUGAGCAAGGUUGUGGCAUUUGCCAUGAACCAGUUGAAGAUCCUGUGGUUACUGCCUGUCUCCAUGUCUUCUGUAAGGCUUGUCUGCUUGAUUUCUCUGCUUCCUUGGGACAAGUCUCCUGCCCUACCUGUUCUAAGUUACUUACUGUUGAUUUGACUGCAAAUGCUGGUUGUGGAGAUCAGACUGCUAAGACAACCAUUAAGGGAUUUAAAUCCUCCAGUAUUCUCAACAGAAUACAAUUAAAUGAUUUUCAGACAAGCACAAAGAUAGAAGCUUUGAGGGAAGAAAUUAGAUUUAUGGUUGAAAGGGAUGGUUCUGCGAAAGGAAUUGUUUUCAGCCAGUUCACUUCAUUCUUGGAUCUCAUAAGCUACUCAUUACAUAAGUCUGGUGUAAAUUGCGUUCAAUUGGUGGGAAGCAUGACUUUGGCUGCAAGAGAUGCUGCUAUCAAGAAAUUCACUGAGGAUCCAGAUUGCAAAAUAUUCUUGAUGAGUUUGAAAGCUGGAGGAGUGGCUCUCAAUCUGACAGUAGCAUCACAUGUUUUCUUGAUGGAUCCUUGGUGGAACCCAGCUGUGGAGCGGCAGGCACAAGAUAGAAUUCAUCGUAUUGGGCAAUACAAACCAAUCAGAAUUGUGAGAUUUAUUAUUGAGAACACUAUUGAGGAGAGGAUUUUGCAGCUGCAAGAGAAAAAGGAAUUAGUGUUUGAAGGGACUGUUGGCGGCUCUUCAGAUGCCCUGGGAAAAUUAACAGAGGCAGAUCUGCGGUUUUUAUUCAUCACUUGAAUGUGAAACCGUUUGCGGUUCUUUAUAGGGCUGUGGUAAAACCUAUAGGAUAAGUAUGUAAAUGUUAGUAAUUUUGUCACUGACCAAUGUAGGAAGUUGCAGUUCAAUGCUAUAUAGCUCUUAUUUCAUUUGUCACUUGAAUUCUUUAGAUGUAGAACCAUAUAGCAAUUUUUGUUAGACAAUGGGAUAUGUGAAUCAGCCUUUGCUAGCAUUUUGUGUUUA